UGCGAGAUAAUAGUUCGUACAUCCAUCAUCCUGCGUGCGUGCUCUGAUACUUGUGAAUGUGUGUGGGUGAAUUGACUCGCGUCAAGUGCCAGUAGAACGUUUAGCCUUUAUACCCAUUUAGAAAGGUUUGAUUUACAAAGGUAUGGAAUCUGCGAGAAAGCAAGUUUUGAAUGAAGACAAAAGAAGAGGUAAAAAACGUCACUUGCGUCUGAAUGCAGUUCGAAAGAAAAGGAAAUGGAACAAAGGGAAAGUUUUACGUUUAGUUGACGGCAGGCUGCGUUACGUGAAAAACCAUGAAACAAGGUUUUCCAACUAUACUUCACAUGAGUCUUUCAGUACAUCCAAACACGCGGGGAAUAUAGAAAAUGCUGUUGAAAGGAAAACCCAGACAGACAGUGAGACUUGCUACAUAACGUUGUCUCCAGCAAGGUGUUCCACCUCUCCCGGCGAUACUGCUUCACAUGAUCAAGUAGACAUCGAUGGAGCAGGUUGUUCGUUUUGGACAAACGAAAUAUUGGCGUCACCGCAGAAAGUCACAACUACUGAUUAUCCUACAGAAGAAUAUGAUGUUACUGGAAUAUUUUCAGACACGGAACAAGAGUCAAAAUCGGUCACAAGUGACUACGCUCAGCUUCUUGAAGGCGUGGAGAAACUUUCGUCACCAGCAUCUUCACCCGAACAAACCUCUCCUAAAAAAACUUUCAGCUCUGAAUCAUCAACCUUUCCGAUACAAGGCCGUCGACUGUUUGAUGUUGACUUUCUAUUCAAAGAAAUGUCGCGCAUCAGCCAACAUAACAAAGUGUUUCAGUGUUCGUUUGAAAAUAUGCGAUUAAUAAAAGAACAUAAAAAUGGAAUGAUAAGUAAAUUUGAUUUCAAGUGUAAUAUGUGUGGUACUGUUGAAUCUAUUUUCUCGGAGGACCCCCAAACAAAUAAAGUCAACUGUAACAUGGCAUGGGUGAACAGUAUGUUGUUAACGGGCCAAAGUUUUACACAGUUACAAGACAUAACUUCAACUUUGGAAAUGCCUUGCAUGGCCAAGGAGACUUUCAACAAAUGUCAAAAAUCCCUAUCUUCUGUUAUACACGAUGUCGCAUGUCAAAGUAUGGAAGCCGCUGGCAAAGAAGAAGCAAGAUUGGCAGUAGAAAAUGGCAGUGUGGAUGUCGACGGAGUUCCUCUCAUAGCAGUUGUCACUGAUGGAGCUUGGUGUAAACGAUCGUAUGGAAACAAAUAUGAUGCUCUUUCUGGGGUGGCUUGCAUAGUAGGAAAAGAAACAAAAAAAGUUAUCUUCGCAAGCACUAGGAAUCGAUACUGCUGCAUAUGUUCACGAGCAAACAGUAAAAAUGAGACGCCAAAGGACCACGUCUGUUUCAAAAAUUGGAACAAGUCUUCAAAUGCCAUGGAAUCUGACAUCAUAGUGGAAGGUUUCAAAUGCAGUGUUUCCAUGCAUAACCUGAAAUAUCAUCAGCUGAUUGGUGAGUCACAAGGUGAUCAGUUAAUUUCAGAUGUUAUUAAUUAUUAUGUAUUUGUGUCGAUAGUAUAUUUUCGAAAUAAUUUCAAUGCCGUGUGGUAUUUAAUGUUUUUAUUUCCGACGUCGCACGUUUCAUAUGUUUUCAUACAAUGCUGCAUAUUGUAACGAACUGAAAUGUAGCGCUUUUGUAACAGCUACUUCCUAAAUAUACAGAAAGGUAUUAG